GGCAUGCUCCAGAAUGCUUUGCGGUUAAAAUUUCUGAACCUGCGAUAUCAGCGGUUACUUCGAUCAAAACAAGAUGGCUGCCGCUCGUAGUUUCAGACAGUUAACAAAUUUCACAAAUUUAUAUACGUCUUUGCGUUCCAAAGUAGCAAUCCCGUUUAGAUUUAAUUAUCAAGACUGUGUCUACAUCCACACAAUUUUCACUUUAAAUGCAAGAGGGUUUGGCGUCAGUACAACGGCAUCGAAAAACUGGAAUCCCUCCCUUGAAGAUGAUGAUGAUGAUCACAAUGAUGAAUUUAGAUCUUUAAAACGAAAGGCUGCUAGAAAGCAUGCUUCAAAAUUCACCGCAGCUCAAAAGGGAACCACGAAGUUAGUACGACCGUCCAGAUAUCAAAUUAAUGAAGUUGGAGACACCAGCAAUGACGAUGGUUUUUGGAUGAAGAGGUCACGUGGUUCGUUAACCACAAAGCAGAAGUUAGAAUGGUACACCAAACAGAUUCUAAAAUUGAUGUCAGAAAACAAGGUUGACCAGGCCCAAGAGUUGUUUGAGUCUAUGAGAACAAAGAAAAUCAAGCCAUCMGUUGAAUUGUUUAAUAUUWUGAUAGCAGGUUAUGGUCGGAUUGGRAAAAUCCAAAAAGCAUUUAAUCACUACAAUAAUAUAAAAAAGAUGGGUCUUCAGCCAACUGCUCGCACAUAUUCAAGUUURUUCAACAUUUGUAGUUCUAUUACGCCAAAAAAUGCUGCCUUGUCUCAACUAAUGAAGUUAUGGGAAGAGUUUCAAAAUAAACUUGAGUCCAAGAUUGUCAAACCAGACAUAAUAACCUAUAAUGCUGCAUUGAAGGCUGCGGCAUCCUGCCAUAGUUUUACCAUAGCAAUGGAGAUGUAUAGUAACCUAUGUWSUGCUGGAAUUCACCCUGAAAGUCGUACUUAUUCUUCCCUUCUAUCAGCUUGUGCAGAGCAGUAUGAUUCUGAUAAUGUGCAAUGGAUCUUAAAAGAGAUGAAAUCUCAUAACAUCAACCCAGAUAUCUACAUUUUUAAUGCAGUUYUAAAGGCCUUGAGGAGUAAAGGGUCUGAGAAAYACAUGGAGGACAUAUCUGAUACAGAAAUGCCUGGUGAAUAUAACAUGYUGGAUGUUUUACCAGGAGAWACUCAGACUUCCAGUGUUUUUGCUGGAGUUGAAGAUUUUCUACAAAUGAUGGCAGUKAACGAUGUAAUWCCGGACAUUAGAACAUUUCACCUUCUUUUACAAGUGUCUGACCCAGSGAAAAGCGAAGAGGACUAUGUUCUUCAAGUUAUGAAAUUUUGGGAUUUCAAACCUGAUUUGCCUGUACUGAAUGCAUUGGUUAAGAGAAGAGCAUUUUGGGGAGAUAUAUCUUGGGCAAAAGAAUAUAUUAAAGUUUUCAAGGAGGAAUAUGGUGUUGCAGCAGAUGAAAACAUUUAUCAUAGCCUUGCAAAAGGGUGUCGAAGGAUGGCUGAUGGGAUGUGGUUGUUGGAGGAGAUGAAAGUGCAAGGAUAUCGACCAGGUGUCAAUGUAUACCUUAAAUUAAUCAAAAAUGCUAUACACCGCAAUGCUUUUCAAUAUUUGACUGAAUUGCUCAAGAAAAUGAGAAAAGAUGGGGUCAAGCCUUCAGAAGAAAUUAUUCAACUUUUAAAUGAAGUUUCAAGACCGCUUCUUGAAAAAGAUUCCAACAAUGAAGAUGACAGCAGAGAARUCAAAAAGAGAGAGUUCUUAAGAAAGCAAAAGCUUGGAUUUCUUGGUUUCUACAAGGCAUGGAAAGAUCAGWUGGACUUGAAAGAAGCUGMAACAGUCACUCAUCAACAUACUCAAGAUACACUUGAUGAARAAGACAACAAUGACUUUAAACAUCUGUAAAUUGUGGUUUAUUUACUUCUGUGGAUAUUAGUUAAUAUCUAAUUGUCUUUGGAUUGAGUAGAAAAUAGAAGACUGGCGUAUCAUGAAAGGGCUUGAAAAAAAGAUGGACCAUGAUUCAUAAAAUACUUUCUUUUUUAGAAUGUGGCAUUGAUGAUUGUUCAACAAGCCAUAAUUAACCCCUCUCUCAGUUCCUACUGGCCUGCAUUGUAUUUAUUCAACAUAAUUGAUAUAAUUUUGUAAAUUAUCUAAAAGACCAAGUAUCACCCUCAAAGCUUUUCAACCAGGGAGUUUUUGUUUUGAAAUAGUUGUCAAAAUAAUUCCAAUCUGUGUAACACAUGAUUAUUGUGAGCAAAGCAUUCAUGGUGAUAUUGGGCUGUCAAAGAGACACUUGGUCUAGGAUACAGAAUAAGUUAAUUAAAGACAAAAGAACAAACAAAGAAAAACGUCUUCUAAUCUCGUCCUAAUCCCAAAAGUUGUUUUUUAUCACUUAGUGAAAACCAGGCAAGAUGCCCACUUUUUAUGAAGGUUGGUUUCAUUUUAUUACGUUAUUACUUUCCAAUUUUUGAUUAUUUUAAGUACUUUCCAAUUGUUUACUAAUUUCUGAUUCUGGUCCAAGUGAUGAACACUUUUGUGCAAAUUUAAUAUUAAAAAUUUGUGUAUGUAUCUUGCAGAAAAAUGUAUGGUUAGYGACUAUAAAAUAUUGACCAUCCCAAUUUUCUUAUAAAAAAUAUAGUUUGUGCUCAAAAGCUGGCUUAGUGAAAUAUUACUAUAAAAUAUAUAAUUUUUACUAAAAUACUAUUUUUUACUAAGUACUAAAUACUGCAUAUUAUACUAAAAUAGUUUGAUGGUGAUGCUGCCAUUUGUUCAUUAAGUUUAAAAUACUGAAGCAAAGCAGUGCAAGCGACAAUGGCAACAUAAUUGAUGUGUUGUUUACCAAGUUAACAGCCAAAUAGUGAUACACCUAAUUGAAAAAAAAAUGUGGAUUUCCAAAAGGUUACAUCAUGAAAGAUUACUGAAAGGGAGGGAAUAAAGCAAAAAUUAUUCGUUUUCACUUUACAUUACAGCAGCCAUCUUGGAGGAACUUCAACAAAGGAUUUCUCAUUAGUAUCUAUUGUUCAUUCCUCCAACAUGGCUGCUUAUGGUCUUUUAUCUUUUGUAUCUUGUGGAAAUGGUUGAAAACAAUCACUUACAGUGUAAAAGCAUUUCAGUGCCAAAAAAAUUGCCUGCACCAAAUGAAAUGAUCGAGUAAUGCUAUAAUGUGACAUGUUUAGGCAAAUAUCAUUUUGAAUUUCUAAGUAAUUAAAAUCCCCUUUGGUGUUACCUCUAUGAUAUUGCCUUUUUGCAACCUGACAACGUCAAUUCAAUUAGGCAUAUAACUACAUUUACUAUAAUUACAUUAGCCAUGUAAUAUUAUAUGACAAGCACUCUAAUGUCUUAUGUUAAAAGUUUUCUAAAUAAAUAUUUUUUAAACAUCA